AUGGCACCGGCAAAGUCAUCUAAGAGCUCGAGGACGAGAUCCACCGCCUCAACUUUGUCGGAUGCCAAGGACUUGGCAACGACGAUGAUCAGUGGUUCGCAAUACAACACUGAUUUGGUGGAUGACUUCAAGAAGGUUGUCGGAGCCCUACAAGACAAGUGGCCAGAUGUGCUUCAUGAAGAUCCUUUGCUGAUCAAAGAGGGUGGGCGGGAGGCACCGUUCAGCUCCGUCCAUUUCGGGUCCAUGGUUGACUCUACCGACAAGGUGAAGUCCUACAAGUGUGGUCAGAAUUGGUUCCGCCACAACAUGCUCUUCAACCCAGCGCCGGGAGCUACGUAG